AUGGCUGCGAAACUCAUUGAUAGACGAUUCCACAACGUUCCCGGGAAACUUCGGGUGGCCGAGCUGUUCUUCGAUGUUCCAAUCGACUACAGCAAGCCAAAUGACGGGACACUGAGACUGUUUGCCCGCAGUGUAUCUCGCCUAAAUAAACCCGUGGAAGCCACCAAGGACGAGGCCAAGCUUCCAUGGCUGGUCUACCUCCAAGGUGGACCGGGCUUUGGUUGUGCUGCACCGCAGAAUUUCGGUUGGAUUGAGCCUGCGCUCAGUAAGGGCUACCAAGUUCUCUUUUUGGACCAGCGCGGCACUGGUAUGAGCUCAACCAUUACUGCUGGAACCCUAGCUCGCCACGGAGACGCCAUUAAGCAGGCAGAAUACCUGAAGCAUUUCCGCGCAGACAGCAUUAUUUAUGACUGUGAAGCUGUUCGUAAAUGUUUGACUGAAGAUUAUCCCGAGGAUCAGCGCAAAUGGAGCAUUAUCGGGCAAAGCUUCGGUGGCUUUUGCAUUACCACUUAUUUGUCCAAAUUCCCUGAGGGUUUGAAGGAAGCUUUCUACUGUGGUGGGUUGCCCCCAAUGGUCAACCACCCAGAUCCUGUCUAUAAGCGAACCUACGAGAAGGUUAUCGAGAGGAAUCAGGCAUAUUACGCCAAGUUUCCCGAGGAUGUCGAGCGAGUCAAGAAGAUCAUGCAGUACCUGACUGAAAACAAGAUCUCCUUGGCAUCUGGAUUUCUCACUCCCGCUCGUUUCCAGCAACUUGGCAUUAUUCUCGGCUUCCACGGCGGUGUCGAAAGUUUGCAUGAAAUUGUUCUUCGAACAUGGAGCGACUUAGAGAUAUUCGGCUCUUUGACUGUUCCCACCCUUGCCCUGAUCGACAGCAAUGGUGGAAUGGACAAAAAUGUUCUCUAUGCCAUUCUGCACGAGGUGAUCUACUGCCAAGGUAAGCCCUCACUUUGGUCGGCAGACAGGCUCCGUGCCGAGAAUCCGCGGUUCCAGCUCAAUGGGACUGAGCCCGAGGUUUAUUUUACCGGAGAGAUGGUCUUUAAGGACAUGUUUGAAUCGUACUCGGAGCUCAAGGAAAUCCGAGAGACCGCCGAGAUCCUCGCUACUACCAGUGACUGGCCUGCCCUUUAUGAUGAAGCCCAGCUGGCCAAGAACGAAGUGCCAGUCUAUGCUGCUAUUUACAUUGAUGACAUGUAUGUGCCUUUCGAUUUCUCAUGCGACACUGCUGCCAAGAUCAAAGGCACAAAGCAGUUCAUCACCAACACCAUGUACCAUGAUGCUUUGCGGAGCAAGUCGGGAGAGCUCAUACGCCAGUUGUUCAACCUUCGCGAUGAUUCUAUUGACUAG